UGCGUAGCAGAAGGCUAGUGCGCGCGUGGCUGCUCCUCCUAUAGGUUCCUUCUGCCGUAUCGGCGAUUCGGCGCGUGCCCGCCUCUUCCUCCCCCAGCUGGCGCUCGCGCACGAGCAACUGAGAGCUCAGCGCGAGCCGGUAGCAUUCGAAGAGUCUCUUCUCCACCACUCACCCCCCACACUCCGUUUGGAAGCCCCCCCCUCCCUCGCGCGCGCCCUUCUCCUGGCGAUGGAACGGCCUGGGAGUCAGAGCAAGAAAGUCAAGUUGAACAACGCGGUGCAAAGCUGGGGAAUGCAGAGAGCUACCAACGUCACUUAUCAAGCUCAUCAUGUCAGCAGGAGCAAGAGAGGCCAAGUGGUGGGGACGAGAGGUGGCUUUCGCGGCUGCACAGUCUGGUUAACAGGGCUGUCUGGGGCUGGAAAGACCACAGUUAGCAUGGCAUUGGAGGAGUAUUUAGUGUGCCAUGAUAUUCCGUGCUACACGUUGGAUGGUGACAAUAUUCGCCAAGGCCUUAAUAAGAAUCUGGGCUUCAGUCCGGAAGACAGGGAAGAAAAUGUCCGGCGUAUUGCUGAGGUUGCUAAGUUGUUUGCAGAUGCUGGUCUGGUGUGCAUCGCUAGUUUUAUCUCUCCUUAUACCCAGGAUCGGAGCAAUGCCAGGCAGAUUCAUGAAGGUUCAAGUUUGCCUUUUUUUGAAGUAUUCGUGGAUGCUCCACUGCAUGUCUGUGAAAAGAGAGAUGUCAAAGGACUCUACAAAAAAGCCCGGGCUGGAGAAAUUAAAGGUUUUACUGGCAUUGACUCGGAGUAUGAAAAGCCUGAGGCCCCAGAACUAGUGCUGAAAACUGAUUCCUGUGACGUGAAUGAUUGCAUUCAACAAGUAGUGGAACUUCUUCAAGAAAGGGACAUUGUACCGGUGGAUGCCUCUUAUGAGGUGAAAGAGCUGUAUGUGCCAGAAAACAAGCUCAAAUUGGCCAAAAGUGAUGCAGAGACUCUGCUAACGCUGGAAAUAAAUAAGGUGGAUAUGCAAUGGGUGCAAGUACUGGCAGAGGGUUGGGCUACACCACUUAAUGGCUUUAUGAGAGAGAGAGAAUACUUGCAGUGCCUUCAUUUUGAUUGUCUUCUAGAUGGGGGAGUUAUUAACCUGUCAGUGCCUAUAGUGCUGACGGCUAGCCACGAAGACAAAGAGAGACUGGAUGGAUGUACAGCUCUUGCACUGGUGUAUGAGGGGCGUCGUGUGGCCAUUCUUCGUAACCCAGAGUUUUAUGAACACAGGAAAGAGGAACGCUGCGCCCGACAGUGGGGAACAAUAUGCAAGGAACAUCCCUACAUCAAGAUGGUGAUGGAGCAAGGGGACUGGCUUAUUGGUGGAGAUCUACAAGUCCUUGACCGUAUUUAUUGGAAUGAUGGUCUUGAUCAAUACCGUCUCACUCCUGCUGAACUAAAGCAGAAGUUCAAAGAAAUGAAUGCUGAUGCUGUUUUUGCAUUCCAGUUGCGCAACCCAGUGCACAAUGGCCAUGCUCUGUUAAUGCAGGAUACCCAUAAGCAGCUUCUAGAACGGGGCUACCGGCGUCCGGUUCUGCUCUUGCAUCCACUUGGUGGCUGGACAAAAGAUGAUGAUGUUCCUCUGAUGUGGCGUAUGAAGCAACAUGCGGCAGUACUGGAGGAAGGAAUAUUGAAUCCAGAAACAACAGUGGUGGCCAUAUUUCCAUCUCCCAUGAUGUAUGCUGGACCAACGGAGGUUCAAUGGCAUUGCAGGUCACGGAUGGUAGCAGGAGCUAACUUCUACAUCGUGGGACGGGAUCCAGCAGGCAUGCCACAUCCUGAGACUGGGAAAGAUCUCUAUGAACCAACCCAUGGUGCAAAAGUGCUGACUAUGGCACCAGGCCUCAAAACAUUGGAAAUUGUACCCUUCAGAGUUGCAGCUUACAAUAAGAAAAAGAAGAGCAUGGAUUAUUAUGACUCUGAACACCAUGAAGACUUUGAGUUUAUAUCAGGAACCCGCAUGCGCAAGUUGGCUCGGGAAGGACAAAACCCUCCUGAAGGUUUCAUGGCUCCCAAAGCCUGGACUGUGCUGACAGAGUACUACAAAUCCUUGGAGAAGGCUUAGGCCUCUUAUUAACUGCAGAUCAAUCUUUGACGCUUGAUUUAUUACCAAGAAGGGGACCACACAGUCACCGUUCAUGCUGCUUUGUUGUGGUGUCUGUCAGGAAGUUCUUCCCUGGAAACAGACUCUUUCUCCCGAACUUAGCAUCAUUCGUUGCCUGUCUUAUGGGUUUUAUUAUGUAUUGGCACCUAACAAACUGCUGGUUUUAAUGUCUUCUCUUUUAUUACAGUCAAUACUCUUGCAGUAGGAUUUUUAACUCUUGUCUUUUUUAUAUUAUUUUUAUGCCUCUGUCCUAUGAACUCUGUAGCUGUUAUAUUGAUCCAAUUUUUUUUCAUACACUAUUUAAGCAGUCUGGUAGUUUUGAUUUCAUGGUUUGCAGGAUAAAUGUAAUGAUUAGAACUGUGGAAGUAAAUGAAAUAUUUUAAAACUGAACUCAAUACUUUUUCUGUCAACUAGUGAUCACAGAAGCAUUGUAACUUUAAGCUCUUGUUAUAUGUAAUCUCAGAGAAAACUUCUUUAUGCAGCUCAAUUAAACUUUUUUGCUUUCUGUAUUA